AUGUUGCCGCUGAGGAGAGCACUGGGGAAUCAUUUUAGGUUAAAAUUAAAAUCUAAUUUCAAUCGCAGGCAGCUCCACUUUUGCUGCUCACAUGUCAAGCAUCACCAGCACCUCCUCAACGCCUCUUCAACCAAAACAAUCAUGUCAGAGUUUAGACUGCCAAAAUCAUUAAAGCCGAUAAAUUACGAUUUAAAAUUAAAAUCUGAUUUGGUUGAUUGUAAUUACGAAGGAUUAGUGGAUAUUCAAUUCCAAGUGAAGCAAUCCACUGAUUUGAUUAGCUUGCACUCUCAUAAGAACAUAAAGAUACACUACAUCAAUCUAUACACCAAUUCAAUCAAACAGUCUCAAUCUAUAACCCCUGAUCACUCAUUUGAUGAAAAGUUAGAGCGCUUGAACCUCUCCCUUCCCUUCAACUUGAAUCAAGGUGAUGACGUAACCCUGUCCAUCUCUUUCAACUCCACCUUAGACGAUAGCAUGAUGGGCUAUUAUAGAUCUUCUUACAAGCAAGACGAUAAGGAUAUCUACUAUGCUCUCACUCAGCAUGAACCAACCGCUGCUCGUAAAUCUUUCCCCUGCCUUGAUGAGCCUAUCCUUAAAGCUACUUACGACAUUUCUAUCAUUCACAGAAAAGACACGGUAGCUUUGUCAAAUAUGCCUCCAAUUCACUCUUCACCAGCUACUUCUGACACUUUCAACUACUCGAAACACUCUGGAUCCACUAACCCAGACGAGUGGGUCGUCACAAAGUUUGAAAAGACUCCCCUCAUCUCUUCUUACCUCGUUGCUUGGGCCAACGGUCACUUCAAGCACCUCGAAUCCUCCUACAAGUCCCCUAUCUCUGGUAAAGUUAGACCUUUAAGAAUCUACGCUACCCCAGACCUUAUCAAUCAAGCCAAACUUGGUUUAGAUGCAAAGUCUCAAGUAUUACCUCUCUAUGAGAAAAUUUUCGACAUUGAAUACCCAUUACCAAAGUUAGACACUUUGGUUGCAAAUGAUUUCGACGCAGGUGCAAUGGAGAACUGGGGUUUGAUUACCGGUAGGACUUCGGUUUACCUUUAUGAUGAUAAGUUGUCUGGUUUGGAUGCUGAAAAGAGAGUCGUCGGUGUUCAAUCACAUGAAGUUUCACACCAAUGGUUCGGUAAUGUUGUUACUAUGGCAGAUUGGCACGGUCUUUGGUUAAACGAAGCUUUCGCGACCUUGGUCGGUGAAAUUAUCGUCAUUGAUAGAAUCAGACCUGAAUGGAAGGUCUACAGUGAAUUUAUCACUCAACACCUCCACAGAGCACUUGAUUUGGAUGCACUUAAAUCAUCUCACCCUAUUCAAGUUCCUGUUAAAGAUCCUGCUACGAUCAACCAAAUCUUCGACGCCAUCUCUUACUCCAAGGGUGGUUCUGUCCUUCGCAUGCUUUCAAACAUGGUCGGUGAGGAAACCUUCUUGAAAGGGGUUUCAAUCUAUCUCAAGAAGCACCUUUAUGGCAACGCUGAAACCCAAGACCUUUGGAACGGUAUCGCUGAAGCAGCUGGAAUCGACGUACAAGCUAUCAUGGAUCCUUGGACACUCAAGCAAGGUUUCCCUGUCCUCACUGUCAACGAAAGUCAAAAUGGUAUUCAAGUUCGUCAAGACAGAUUCUUGAGCACUGGUAAGCCGACUGCUGAAGAGAAUGAAACUGAAUGGCACGUUCCAUUGUUCAUUCGUCAAGGUGAUCAUAUCGACAAAACUGUUGCAUUGAACAAGCGUCAAGCCGAGUUUGCUUUAUCCGACGUAUCAAGCUCAAACUGGAAACUCAACGCGGAAACUGCUGGUGUUUACAGAGUCUUAUAUUCCCCUGAACGCUUAGCUAAGCUUGGCAUUGAAGCGUCAAAGUCAGACUCGUCAUUCUCACUCAAUGACAGAAUUGGUUUAGUGAACGACGCUUUCGUUUUAGCCAAGGCUGGUAAUGGCCCAACAUCUGGAGCUUUGGGUUUCAUUAGUCAACUCAAGAACGAGAAGGAGUACCUUGUAUGGUCAUCAAUGGCUACAAGCUUAGCUAACCUUUCUAGUGUCUGGUGUGAAGAAAGCUUAUCAGUUAGAGAAAAGAUUGACGCUCUCAGACGCAAAUUAUUUUCCCCACUUGUUAAACAAGUUGGAUUUGACAAUAAAGAGGGUGACUCUCCAGAUGUUCUUCAAUUAAGAGAAUUGUCGAUUGCAUCUGCUGCUGCUGCUAAUGAUAAAGCUGUGGUUCAGGAAAUAAAGAGACGCUUCCAACCAUUACUUGAAAAGGACGACGACUCUCUCAUUCCAAACGACUUGCUCAGGGUUAUCUACGCACAAGCUGUCAAACACGGUGGUGAAGCUGAAUGGAGCAAAUGUCUCGAAAUUGUUAAAAACCCUAACCCACCAACUCCAAUGCACAAGAUUGCUGCGAUGUUGGCAUUAGGGUCAACAAAGCAUGAAGAACUCAUUGAAAAGACCUUUGACUUUAUUGAACACGGCUUCAAGAAUCAAGACUUAAUGUACCCAUACGUAGCAUUGCGCAACAACCCUAUCUCACGUCGUAAAUUAUGGGAAUACACAAAGGCUAACCUUAAUAAGCUCGAGAAGAGAUUGGAAGGUAAUUUCUCACUUGGUAGACUAAUUAGUUUCUCAUUCGAUGGUCUUGCUCAACCAAACGACGUUAACGAGGUUGAAGAGUUCUUUAAACACAGAGACACAAGCAAGUACUCUUCCUCGCUCAACCAAGGCCUCGAUGCUGUCAAGGGUAACUCUCAAUGGUUAGCCAGAGACAAGAAGGAUGUUGAGCAGUGGUUAGAGAAGAAUAUCUAA